CGCAUCAGCAUUUCACUUUAAUACAGCGGAGUAAUCAUGGCUCCUUCUCAGUGCGUCAACUGCCAAAAGGCUAGGGCUGUCAUUAUCCGCCCCAAAAAUAGGCACAAGCUAUGCCGCGAAUGCUUCAUCCAAGUAUUCGAAACCGAAGUACACGAAACGAUCACCUCAAAUUCUCUAUUCUACCCCGGCGAGCGAAUCGCCAUCGGCGCCAGCGGCGGAAAAGACAGUACGGUGCUGGCCUCGGUGCUCAAGACACUUAAUGAGCGAUACAACUACCAACUCGAUUUAUGCCUUCUUUCCAUCGACGAGGGAAUCAAAGGUUACCGUGAUGAUAGUCUCGAGACCGUCAAGCGCAACGCAGUCCAGUACGAUAUGGAUCUGGUUAUCGUCGGGUAUGGCGAACUUUACGGGUGGACUAUGGACCAGGUGGUGGAACAAAUAGGCAAGAAGGGGAACUGCACAUACUGUGGUGUAUUCCGACGCCAGGCGCUGGAUCGGGGUGCGCAGCGGUUGGGCAUCAAUCAUGUUGUGACGGGGCACAAUGCGGACGAUGUGGCUGAGACUGUAAUGAUGAACUUGUUGCGAGGGGACCUGCCUCGUCUUUCACGGGGAACAAGCAUCGUGACGGGCUCUGCGGCCUCCGAUAUAAAGCGCAGUAAACCGCUCAAGUAUGCGUAUGAGAAAGAAAUUGUUCUCUAUGCGCACCAUAAGCAGCUGGAUUACUUUAGCACGGAGUGCAUCUAUUCGCCAGAGGCGUUUCGGGGGAGUGCGCGUACAUUGAUUAAGGAUCUAGAGAAGAUCCGGCCAAGCUCCAUCCUUGAUAUCGUGAGGAGUGGUGAGGAGAUGGCUAUCCUUGUGCCUAUAGCAGAUGGGGGUCAGGGGUCUUCCACAGCGGCUGCUGAGGACGAGUCCGCAGUCGGCGGCUGCGGCAGUCAAAAUGGGAGAACACGCGGUGGCGAGAUGGCAGAGAUGGAGAGGACGCUGGAGCAAAACGAAGCCGCUGCGGCGUUGGAGACAGAAAUCAAGGGGCCCCAGCAAUCAAAUACGGCAGUUCCACUUCCUAAGAAGGGGCCGAAAAAUCCCAAGAAACCACAAAAGAAGGCUGCUGUCAAGAGUCAAGUGCUGGGCAAGUGUGAGCGAUGCGGAUACAUCUCGAGUCAGCGAAUGUGCCAUGCAUGUACACUCCUUGAGGGCCUGAACAAGAACAGACCCAGAACAGCUAUCGAAAUGGAACUCGAUGCAGAGGAAGAGGAGAGCAGCACAACACUACGGAGACAAAUGGAGCAAGUUCAGUUGACGGGAUGAGCAAGCACCCAUCUCCAAGCGCACAACCCCAUCCCGACGCGAAAUGCUCAAGUAUUUCCAAGUUUAUGAGGACAUGCUUCCUCGUGGCCAACAAACCCUGCGGUACGCAGAAGGCAGACCGCUCGGUCGAGCGAUCCAUGCAUCUAUGGCUCAUUCCGGAUAACGAGCUACAAUAUAGAAGACAUAGCAGCUUCGCAUAUAGCAAACGCAAGAACCAUAAAUCGCUAGAUUCCGAUACCCAAACAAAAUAUAAUACAUAAAUAUAUUUGACACACCUCGCAUCAUGAUGAAUUCAAAGGGACUGACUCUAUCCCACCCAUUCCCUUCGUAUUAAUUCCAACCUUCAAGCACCCUCUUUUUCCUUCCCCUCCUCAUGUAACUCCGGUAAAUCCAACCCAACCCUCCUAGCCGUGAGCCUAAUUCUCUCGUCCUCAUCCAACCACGAACCCGGGUUGUACCUUUCCACUAAUUUCACAUACUCCCGCUGCGCCUUCG